UUCAGGCACAUGUGAGAGCCUAGUGAGGAGACAGACUACUUGGAUGGCUUUGCGCAAAAUCCAUCCUCUUUCCUUUUACCUCCUCCUCACCCAGUCUCAUACUCCUCCUAACCCCCCUCCCCGUUCCUGAGCUGCGCCUCAGUGUGUAUGCACGACAUGGGAGGGGGCUACUAACAGAAGACAAUGUCAGACGUUUAGAGCCCCCCUUUUCUUUGGCUUGGCUCUCUUCUCACUGCUGCAAUCGGGUUUCUCAGCGAUCAGCUAGAACAGUGGCGACGAUAAUAGCAGCCUGGUGAGACUAGAACUGCGGCUUUUACCUCGGGAACUUGGACUGCUAAAACCGCCGACAGAACUAUGGACAGCGAUACCUUUCCAGCCAACUCCAGUGGCUGCUCUGACCCAUUCUCUCUCACCUCCAGUUGCUCCCCAACACCGCCAUCCGCUGCAUGGAUGAACUUGUCCCGCUUGAAUGGUAACCUGUCCGACCCGUGCAGCGGUCCCAACCGCACCGAGUCGGGGGACGGGGGCAGCAGCCUGUGUCCACCGACUGGAAGUCCUUCCAUGGUCACCGCCAUCACCAUCAUGGCCCUUUAUUCAAUCGUGUGUGUAGUGGGGCUUUUUGGAAACUUCCUGGUCAUGUAUGUGAUUAUCAGAUAUACCAAGAUGAAGACAGCCACCAAUAUCUACAUUUUCAAUCUAGCCCUGGCAGACGCCCUAGCAACCAGCACACUGCCCUUCCAGAGUGUCAACUACUUGAUGGGCACCUGGCCCUUUGGCACCAUCCUCUGUAAGAUUGUAAUCUCCAUAGACUACUAUAACAUGUUCACCAGCAUCUUUACUCUCUGCACCAUGAGUGUCGAUCGCUAUAUUGCUGUCUGCCACCCCGUCAAGGCCCUGGAUUUCCGUACUCCUCGAAAUGCCAAAAUUGUUAAUAUCUGCAACUGGAUACUUUCCUCAGCCAUAGGUCUGCCAGUCAUGUUCAUGGCAACAACAAAAUACAGGCAAGGUUCCAUUGAUUGUACACUUACAUUUUCCCAUCCAACUUGGUACUGGGAAAACCUGCUGAAGAUCUGUGUUUUCAUCUUUGCCUUCAUCAUGCCCGUCCUCAUCAUCACCGUGUGUUAUGGCCUGAUGAUCUUACGCCUUAAGAGUGUCCGGAUGCUGUCUGGUUCCAAAGAGAAGGACAGAAACCUGAGAAGAAUUACCAGAAUGGUGUUGGUGGUAGUGGCUGUGUUCAUAGUCUGCUGGACCCCGAUUCACAUCUAUGUCAUCAUCAAAGCUUUGGUCACCAUUCCUGAAACUACUUUCCAAACUGUUUCCUGGCACUUCUGCAUUGCUCUAGGGUAUACAAACAGCUGCCUUAAUCCAGUCCUUUAUGCGUUCCUGGAUGAAAACUUCAAGAGAUGUUUCCGAGAGUUCUGCAUCCCCACAUCCUCCACCAUCGAGCAACAAAAUUCAACUCGAAUUCGCCAAAACACUCGGGACCACCCUUCCACUGCCAACACUGUGGAUAGGACAAACCAUCAGAUGGAAAACUUGGAAGCUGAAACUGCUCCACUGCCAUAACAAGGUCUCCUGCUCAAGGUCAAAGCAAAUAGACACCAGCACCACUGUCUGAGCAGGUUGCAUUGAGAAUGUAUAGAAGGGACUGGUGUCUGGAAGGGAAAUGUCUGCUUCCUGAGGCAGCAGACUUUCUGUUCCUCUCUGACAACUCUUCUUUAUACAUCUGAAGGGUAUUUAACCUGUGGCAAGCAAUCAGAAGGAAGGGGACAGGCUGCUUAGCUUUGUAGGAAAGUAUACAUAGUCAUGAAGACUAGACCCACUAUGGCUAAACCAUGCUGUGGUAUGUGAAUUAUGGUCAACUCAACAAAUGAUUAAUAAUGCCUGUAUAUAGUCCUUAAUUUUCAUAUAAAUAUGUGUGACCACAUCCAUGAAAAUGCCAUUCAUUAGUGUAUCUACCACAGUAACGUGUAUGGUGAAAGCUACCUCUGAGCAUCAAAGUACCUUUUUGUAAAAAGGUCAAAUCUUAUUAAUGUUUGAUGAACAAAAAACAUAUAUGUACACACUCAUACAUAUACAUAUGUAUGUAUGUCUUUGACACUGACUAAAGAUGAGCUUUUAGUUAGUGCCAGGAUUUUUGUUUCUUUUGCAUUUUGGGGGGUCUAUUAUUUUAUUGUUGUUUCCCCUCACUGGAUUCUCCCAUCAAAGCAUAGCUGUAUGAUUGCACCAGAAGGAGAGGAGCACACAACUGGCAAUCUGGAAAAGGACAAUGUGUCAGCAGCAGAAAGGUAAAUUCUCGGGUGCAUUCAAAGCACUCAUCUUUUUCAUAAGAGCUAUAAUGAGUAUUUUUCCACUCUUACCCUUAUGGCAAUUUUGCUUCCCAAUUGUGCAAUCAUCUCUCUCCCGUGCAAGUAUACUCAAAAGGCCUAUCAUCAAACUUAUCACUUUGUCUGUGAAUGUAACCAACCAUUACAGUGCAUUCUUCUCAGCAUUGUCUUCCAAAUUGUCUCCUGCGUAUAUUAUUUUCUUUUUUUUUACUCAGCUCAGAACAUUUAUGCUUCUUUUAUGUCAGUGUUUUAAAAUGACAGUGGUUCUCUUAACUGUGCAUUGGUUGCCAGAGCACUUUAUAUUUUUCAAAGUGAGUACUGAUCAGCUAGAGUAGGAUACAAGAUGUAAAAUUCUGCUAAUCCCAGAGACAAUCAGUGAUCAUUUGGUCACAUCUGUAUAGGUACCAAAUGUGGAACGGUGAUUGCAGUAGGGCUAAAAAUAUCUGGUAACCAGAGACAUUGCCAUGAAGGCUAUGCCCUGUAAAAUAGUGUAACCUGUAAAAUAGUGUAAUGUUUUAGUUUCCUUGAUCUUUGAUGUGCUUUGUGUCUCACUUUAGAAAAAAAAUCAUUAUGUAUGUAGAAACCUCCCAAAAAUAUUGCCUUCUUAGACUCUUACAUAGCACAAGGCCAAGUGGAGAUUUGGAAAUUGCCCAUUUCAUUUCUUCUAUGUAGAAUCCAAAUCAGAUCAUUCCUGCCAAAAGAUAAUCCACAUUGCAGCCUUUGUCGACAUUGAUCAAGUGGACCAGAUAAAUCUUAGCUCUAUGUGAAGGCAGAGCCUGAGGGAACAAUGCUGGCUGGCUUCCCCAGAGAAAAUGUUAAGCAGUGGAAUUCCAGGUCUUUAAGUCAUUGCCCCUGACUGGAGACUUGUCAACGACCUGGACUAAAGUUUCCCUGAGACUGCCAGAAGUAGUAUCUUUAAUUGAAUGUGACUAAUCUAACAAGACUUGUCCACAAAUUUGGAAUCUAGACUACUGGUUUCAUGAAGACAAUGGUGGUGAAUUUGAUGGUAUAAAAUCUGGUAGAAUGUUUGUGCACAUUCAUGUUCACAGAUUAUGAAAGUGUAUACUAGGUAAGGAAAAUCAAGUCUAGAUGUGUGCCUUAAUGAUUCCUUCUGACAAGAAUUGCCACCUUUGCUUCAAAACUUACAGGGAGCAAGAUCAAUGGCCUGGCAUCUCUCAACCUGUCUAUUCUGGAAUAAAUGUACAUUCUUUUGAGGAUUAUUAUUUUUAAUAUCAGAAUAAUUCAAAGGCUAUUUUUAAACAAAGAAUGAGAAAAAUAUGUGUGUAUGCAUGUAUAGAUACAUAUAUACAUAUACAUAUUGCAAGUAAGCAACUUUUUUCAUAGCAACCAAUAAAGAAAGUGACUAAUUUUCUUGAACUAUAUUGAUGUCAAUGCUUCAAGGACUUAGAAUUUCAUUGAUAUAGUUAUUCCUUCUACUACUAUCUUUAUUGAGGAAAUACUCCUGAGUUAUCAGUGUGUCAGAAAAUUGACUUUAUUCUUAAUAUAUUCAAGUCUCUAUAGACUAUUUAAGGUUAAGGACAGCAGAACAACAACCUAAGCUGAACAAUACAAUAGGGUUUUUUAAAUUCUCAUUCAUGAUGUGGUGUGAUGCUUAAUGAAUUGAUGUUUCUAAAGAAAAUACAUCAUUUUGUCUUUGUUCUUACUUCACAGUCAACCUA